AUGUAUAUGAGCCACAAUAACCAAAGCAGAGACAGAAUAGGUAAGAACAUCGCCAUCGAUGAAUUCAAAUUUGAGCGCAUUAGAGAAUUCAAUUAUUUUGGAACAAAAAUAACUGAAGACAAUAACGGAUCACAAGAAAUAAACAAUAGGAUUCAGGUCGGCACUAGAUGUCUAUUUGCCCUCCAAAACCUUAUAAAAUCGAAACAACUAACAAGACGUACGAUGAUACAGAUCUAUAAAACAAUUAUACGACCCGUUGUAAUGUAUGGAAGUCAAACGUGGACGAUAACAAAGGCAAACGAAGAGGGACUAUUUGUUUAGAAAAGAAAUAUCCUAAGAAAGAUCUUUGGUCCUGUGCUGGAUGCAGCAUCAGGACAAUAUAGGAUAAUAACUAACAAAGAGCUCGAAGAACUUUACCCAGACGCCAUCAUCAUAAAAGAAAUAAAGUCCAGAAGACUCCAAUGGGCAGGACACCUCAGAAGACAUUCUGACGAACGAACAGUAAGACUUGUGUGGGAGGAAGUCCCAACUGGAAGGAGACCACGCGGACGCCCUCGUCUCCGGUGGCGAGAUAAUAUAGCAGGAGACCUAAGCACUAUGGGCGUGGAGAAUUGGAUGGAGGUUGCUCAAGACAGAAAACAGUGGAGGCAUGUUGUCGAGUCGGCUAAAACCUACGAAGGGUUGUAA